AUGGCUUUCGAAGACGACAGGCCUUUGACCUCGCUCCAAAGCGUCAUCCUCACAACCGGGCCAUUCGUAUUUCUCUGGAGUACAUUGAGAGGCUAUGUCGCACGCAACGGGCCCUUCCGCUUCGCUCGACCGGUGACCCGUCUCAACAGCCAGCUCUACGCCUUGUUCUCCCUGGCACUGGCGUACUUGAUCUUGAACGACGUGUUGCACUUCCAGGAUCUUCAACAAGUGGUCAAGAGUUCGGACCUGGCAUACAUCUACCACCUCUCCAAGUUCUACGAAUACAUCGACGUCUUCAACCUGGUGGCUGCUGGCACACCGAUCAAUCCGCACAUGGCGUUCCACCACAUCACCACGCCCUUCCUGACCCACUUCCGCGUCCUGAACGCCUCCGACUGGCAGCUGUUUGCGUUCCUCAACUGCUUCCACCACUUCUGGAUGUACGCCUAUUUUGGUGGUGUGACUGCGUUCAGGCCCAUUCUGCGCGUCACCGGUUGGGUGCAGCUGAUUGCUGGGAUCGGGAUGGACGUCUACUACUUUGCCUCGCACGGCCAAGGAGCGCCCGAGGCGAGAAAUCGGGCCAUCGGCAUCAUGAUCUUGACCCGCUACGCGAUGCUGUACUACGACGAAAUAAAGACGGCAAAUGGGGGGAAAGUGGACGGGGCAGGGCAGAAAGGCGAGAAAGCGGACUAG